CACUCGCUCGCCGCUGAUUGGCUGUUGGGCCAGAAAAGCGGCACGGUAGAUCUCGGGUCAGAUAACAUACAAAGGGCACUUGCCCACCUCUUCACAAUUCUUUCAACGAACAACAUCAGUCACUCAAGAACCUCACACAAGUCAUAUCGAAAAACGACAUCAGUACCAGUACCAAAAUAUCCUUUCUCCAAAAACCAAGAAAAUCAGUCAUCAUGAAGGGCGAAUGUGGAUGCUCCGGUUCCUCCAGCUGUAAGUACCGACCCCGCUCUCGCCACCCCUCUCUCUCACUCUCUCGACUUCAUCUUAUCUAUUCCCCCCCAAAAGCUCCCGUCCGCUCUUUGGUUCUUGUCGACCUCGCUGUGCAUGGAUACUUAGGUCUUUUUGGGUUUGCUGCGCAUAGGGACGCGAUUGUGGAGGAAGGGGGGGCAUAUCUCGUUGGUUUUCGGGGGCACGGCUUGGGGGAACAAUCAUUCGUGCCAUAGGUAGUGGCGUAGAA